UGUUAACUUUGAGAAUAAAAGGGACACAGUUUUCCUUCACACUGAAAUCCAAGUGUUGGAAUGUGCAUCACUAUUUUUUCCUGUUCUGUCAAAAUGGAUAACCAUGGCUUGAUCCUUGUAGGUGUCGUCCAGGUGUGUGUCUGAGCUCCUGCAGCCUGAAGAAGAUGAAGCACCAAAUAGCAGACUUCCCCAGCGGGCCGCUGGAUAUUUACAGGAAGAAGGCCUCCUUCGACUGGAAGGAAAUGCUCGGUUUCAUCGAUGGAGAUGAAAUCCUCCAGUUCAAGGAAUACAUCUUCAAGAGUCUGGAGAACGAUCCUCUGUUUGCCCGUCAGCCAGGAGAAGACCUCUCCGUAGAGAAAAUGAGAGAGUUGAACUUCCUCAGGAUGAAGCAAAUUUUUCGCUACAAUUUCCUGACAAAAGAAGAAGAGAUUGAGAACCCCUGGAAGCUGAUAACCCUGGAGGACUGCCUCGGCAUGUACGACUGGUCCUGCCUCGCCAACGUCUUUCUCAACAAAGGAAUGUUUGGAGGAACUAUUGCUAAUUCAGGAACAAGCAGGCACAGAAAAUUUGUUGAAAGCAGCGAAGACAUGACGGUCUUUGGCUGUUUCGCACUGACUGAGCUGAGCCAUGGCAGCAACACCAGAGCCAUGAGGACCACAGCCACAUAUGACCCAUCCACCCAGGAGUUUGUGAUCAACCCUCCAGACUUCGAGGCAGCCAAGUUCUGGGUGGGGAACCUGGGAAAGAACGCCACCCACACUGUGCUGUAUGCCCAGCUCUACACACCGGACCAGGUCUGCCACGGCCUUCACUCCUUUGUCGUGCCGGUCAGAGACCCAAAGACCUUGCUGGCGUUGCCAGGGGUUGUUGUUGGAGACAUGGGCAAGAAACUGGGCCAUAAUGGACUGGAUAACGGGUUUGUAAUGUUCCACAACUUGAGAAUCCCGCGAGAAAACCUGCUGAACAAGACGGGAGACGUUACCCCUGAUGGACGCUACGUCACUCCGUACAAGGACCCCAACAAGCGCUUUGGGGCCUCUCUGGGGGCCCUGUCUGGAGGUCGUGCGUACAUCGGCAGGAUGGGUGUCGUCAAUUUAAAGCUGGCUCUGACCGUGGCGAUCCGCUUCUCAGCCACCAGGAGACAGUUUGGACCCAAAGACACGGAGGAGAUUCCAGUGCUGGAGUACCAGCUACAGCAAUGGCGUCUCAUGCCUUACCUGGCAGCAGCUUACGCUCUGGACUUCUUCACCAAAUCUGUCUUCAUGAACUUUGUAGAGUUCCAGAUGGGACAGAUGAUGAAGGACAAGAGUGACAGACAGGACGAGUUGGGUCGGGAGAUCCACGCCAUCACCAGUUCCUGUAAACCUCUGGGCUCCUGGACGGCUCAGAGGGGGAUCCAGGAGUGCAGGGAGGCCUGCGGAGGACACGGAUACCUCGCCAUGAACCGACUCGGCAGUCUGCGUGACGACAACGACCCAAACUGCACCUAUGAGGGAGACAACAACGUGUUGCUGCAACAGACCAGCAACUACCUGCUUAGCUGUUUCCAGGCCAAACGGCACAACGCCGUUCACUUUCAGUCUCCUCUUCACUCUGUGGACUUUCUGGACGAUUAUCAGAACAUCCUGAAGACCAGAUUCACAGCAGAAACAAUGGAGGAGUGUCUGAACUUAAAAGUGCCUCUGGAUGCCUAUAAGUGGCUGGUUUGUUUCCUGAUGGAGGAGAGUCAGAAGAGGCUGGAGCAGGAGAGAGCUGCAGGCAGAGACGACUUUGAGGCUCGGAACAACAGCCAGGUUUACUUCUGCAGGUCUCUGGCCAUCGCCUUCAUGGAGCACUGCUGUCUGCAGAACUGUCAGCAGCUGAUCUCAGAUCAGGACACGCCGGCUGCUCUCAGAGCCGUUCUCAGCAAGCUCUUCUCCCUGUAUGGACUGUGGAGCCUCAGCAGCCACAUGGCCACACUGUACCAGGGCGGAUAUGUGAAUGGAAGGAGGCCUGCAGAGCUGCUGCAGACAGCAAUCCUGGCUCUCUGCUCCCAGCUGAAGGAUGACGCCGUUGCUCUGGUGGACGUCUUGGCUCCGCCCGACUUCAUCCUCAACUCUCCUAUUGGUAAAGCAGACGGACAGCUCUACAAGAACAUGUGGUCGGCGGUGCUGCAGAACAAUCAGGUGCUGGAGCGCCCCUCCUGGUGGAAAGAGUUCUGCUGGGACAAACCGGUGGUGGGAUCUCUGCGCUCAAACCUGUAGAUCUUCAUCUUCCUCCUUCACUGUCAACCAAAAAUGCUCAUUUCUCUCUUUUGGGUCAGAUUCACUAAAGUCUCUAAUGAGGACAGCAACACUGUACAAGUACACAAAAAGAUGACAUGUUUCAAACACCUUGACUGUAUUUAAUUCUAAUCAAAAAGGGUUUAUUCCAGCCAUAAUUAAAGAUUUAAGAAAAACCUGUGUGUGACAGAAUUCUUCCCAUAUGCUGACUGUCACUGGGUUUGUGGAUUAGAGUCUCAGGAGACUCAAGAACUUUAGGCCACAGCUUUAAACAGCAACAUCAUACAAGGAGGUGAAGACAUGGUCUACUUGGACUUCAUGUCUGCUGUUUCCCUCAGUUCCAGCUAAAGUUCUCCCUUCUGACAGAUGACUCAGCCAGAGGUUUCAACAGACUCACAACAUGCAGAGUCUGUCUGGGCUUCUGUUCCACAGCAUUUCCAACUCCCCACCAGGCGCUGCAAUAAUCUGUUCGAGGCAAGUUGUUCAUCAAAUCGACCUAAACCAUUAGAAAAUAGUUUCAAAAUGAAAUAAAUCCAUCUUCUUGGAAAAUACCAUUUUGAUUGUGAGUCAACACACAUGAUGUCAGCAAACACGGAUCAGUCCAUCAUUCCAGUCCAAUGUGUGGAAACACUUUGAAUUUGUAAAGACAUGAACAUACAGUGUGCUAGAAUGUUCUAUUUGGAUUGGAUUCUUUGGAUGUGGAAAAACAACAGUGGGCUGGACUUUAGAAAACUAAAAUGGGAAUGGAUUUGACAUUCAUUCUUGUUUACUUGUUUGUUUGGACACAUAUUUAAUUUAAAUGUGAUUAUCUUCCAAUAAAUCCAAGGAAUGUGGAAAACUUCACCUGCACUGUUCAGUAUCAGGUAUUUCUCUCUGAGUCACACUGCCUGAAGUUUUGAAUAAAGAUGUUCUGGAUCCAUUUUAGGUCAGUGAAUGGGAUCGAAUUGGAUUGUUCAAAAUGAACCAAUAUCAACAAUGGAGGACCACAAAUGACAUGUAAAAUGAGUCUUUACCCUCCUACUAAAUAAACAUCUUCAGGUUGUCUGAC